GUCAGUAUUCCGCCUGCCUCCGUGAUUUUGCACAGAACGGCGAAUCUGUGAACGUUGUGUUUUGUCCGUUUGGAAUAUCAUCUGAUUGUUUUGGCACAAAAAUUGAGGGUUUCUGACAAAAUGGAAGGCCCACAGAAUCCUCAGAAGAAAGUGAAAAACCCUGGCAUGAAGAAAAAGCAGCAAUUCCACAGUGGUGACAUAGUGUUCACCAAGAAUGGAUCCAUUCAGACUAUUCCCGCCCUGAGCAAACGUCUGAAAACUGUCACAGACCCAAUUAUUGGCUUGCAGUAUGUAUGGGAGUAUCGCAGCCCCACCAAAUCAGUGCCUCCUCAUUAUCAGUGUAAAUUGUGCAAGGUCCAGCGGCUGCAGAAUGAGAUGGCAGCUCAUAUUACCGGAUGGAAGCAUUGCUUCAGAUACAUGAAACGUAGUCACCCAGAUAAAGUGCCUCAUGAUGAAGAGGCUGCAACUAAAGACCCAGCCAUCAGAAAAGCCAUUAAAGCAUCUGCUGCUGAGGUGGAAAAAGCAGAAGGCAGAGGUCAAAUCAGGGUUGUCAUCAAGGAGCCUGGUGAACUUCCAGCAUUUCAGAACAUGAAGUCCGCGCAUCCUAGUGCGGGGGGACCAGGUGCUGCAGGUCUCCUUGGGCCUGCUCCAAGAGGUCUUCAUCCAGGUGGCCCGUUUGGUGGUGGUUUUUCUGACCCCACAUUCCCUGGUGAUUUCCCACCUCGGGGUGGACUGAUGUCUGAUUUCCCCCCAAGCAUGCAAGGUGGUCUGACUGAUGGUCCCAUAAGAAGGGGGCCAACUGAUAUGGGUAGACUUCCCAGCCCUGGUCGAUAUGGUAAUUCCAUGCCAGGUCCUGACAGGCUUAUGGGCAGCCCAGAGAGUAUGCAGCGUUUCCCCAACAGUGGACCAAUGCGCAUGGGCUCAGAUGGCUUUGGAAUGGGCCCACGCAAUGAGGGCAUGGGCAGACCUUUUCUCAGUGACCUCCCUAUGAACAGCGGCGGUGACAGAAUGAUGGGAGGACCCAAAUCACCAGAGCCCAGCAACACGCUUGCAACACUUCUCAGAUAUCUGGACACUUUCCGUAUUGAAAAUGAAGAUGAUGCUCAAAUUGUGCUGAAGGUCACACAGAAGCUCACAGAUGUCUUAAUGGAAUACCGCCUCCGGAGCAUCUCUUCGGUGCCCAGUUCUGCCCCAUCAAGUUCUCUAGGAAACAUAAACUACUCUUCACGCCUGCCGCCAAAUGGCAACAACAGAUUCUCUGGGAGCAUGACGGGCCCUUCAAGAUUCUACAACUGAGCAGCUCAAGUGGUCAUGCCUGUUUGUGGCUCUCUGCAUGUGUUCCCAUUCCACAUUCACCAAACCUGUUCAUGUACUUUUCAGUACAAAUUUUAAUUUCUUUUUUUAGGACCAAAUUACCUACCAGCCUCUGAAUUAAGCUUUUAUGUUUACUGUCCUCACUUCUCCUGGAACUAUUCAAACACCAUUUAUCGGGAUGAUGCAGGAAUUUACUGACUUUAUUGAUUGGUUAUAAAAUUACUUAAAGGUUAUAAUGUAUAUUUGUAAGGUGUUUUGAAGAUGUUUUCUACAGUGAUCUCAAUAAAAAUUUAAAAUAA